GCAAUCACUCAUCACAAGAUCUGCACAAGCGUUUAGAUAAUACUUUGCGUCGUAGUGCAGAGGUUAUGGGGAGUCAAAUAAAGCCUGAUAGAAAUAGAUAACGGUGAGAUGCAAUUCCAGUGUUCGCCUGAAUUUUAAUAGGGUAUUGUGGAUAACUUCAAUAAGGAUAGACGUCCUUCACAUCUGCAUUCAAACAAAAUACCUUCCGCAUACAAAAUAAACAAUAACUACUCAGCGACCUCAAGUGAAAGUUAGAUCAUGUAAUUCGUCAGUCAGAUAAUGAUUUCCACACAGACGGACGAUAAUACAGAAACAACGCAGUGCGAGCUUAAGGACGAGACAGCUGACACUUGUUCUGAAGACGACGACAUCUCAGAGCAGCGGCUUGCAUUCUGCAACAUGGACGUCACCGAAUUUCGCAAAUUCGCCAGGGCUGCUGUUGAUUUCGUGGCUGACUACAUAGAAAACAUUCGUGACAGACCGGUUCUACCGUCAGUGGAGCCCGGCUACCUACAAAAACUUAUCCCGGGGGACGCGCCAGAGCAGCCAGAGAAGUGGCAGGACAUUCUCGCCGACAUGGAACGUGUCAUCAUGCCAGGGAUCACACACUGGCAGUCACCACAUUUCCACGCUUACUUCCCGGCAGCCAAUUCUUACCCUGCUAUUGUGGGAGAAAUCCUCAACACAGGAAUUGCAUGUCUGGGAUUCAAUUGGGCUGCGAGUCCAGCGUGCACGGAAUUAGAAGUGAUCAUGAUGGAUUGGUUGGCGAAACUGCUGGACUUACCAAAAGAAUUUCUGGCUUGCACUGGUGGGUCCGGUGGAGGAGUCAUACAGGGAUCUGCCAGCGAGACGACUCUGGUGACCUUGCUGGCCGCGAGGGAAUGCAGAGUCAGGAAGCUGAUGGAAGUGCAUCCUGACUGGGACGCGGGCACGAUCAGAGCCAAACUCGUCGCCUAUUCUUCAGAUCAGUCCAACUCCUCAGUUGAGAAGGCGGGUGUGCUGGGCGCUGUGACCAUGAGGCUAUUGCCCUCAGACCACAAGUGCAGGCUGCGAGGUGCAACGUUAGAACGGGCCAUUAGAAGUGACCGGGAGAAGGGUCUUAUUCCUUUCUAUGUUGUGGCAACUCUGGGCACUACAGGGACGUGUGCUAUCGACUGUCUCGACGAACUUGGACCGAUUUGCAAGAAGGAAAACUUGUGGAUGCACGUAGACGCUGCUUAUGCAGGAUCAGCGUUCGUAUGUCCGGAGUAUCGUCACAUGAUGAACGGGCUGCAAUUUGCUGAUUCAUUCUGUUUCAAUCCUCACAAAUGGCUCCUCGUGACUUUCGAGUGUUCCGCCAUGUGGGUGAAAGACUCCAGACUCUUAGUGGAAGCGUUUGACGUGGACCGGAUCUAUCUGAGACAUAAGAACCAGGGACUAUCCCCUGAUUACAGGCACUGGCAAAUCCCUCUGGCACGCCGGUUCCGUGCGCUAAAGUUAUGGAUGGUGCUGAGGUCGUAUGGGGUCCAGGGCUUGCAAAUCUACAUUCGGCACCAGGUCACCUUGGCCCGAGAUUUCGAGGCCCUGGUUCGAGAAGACGAUCGUUUUGACGUCGUCACAGAAGCCGUCCUGGGUCUGGUCUGCUUCCGUCUCAAGGGCCCAAACCAACUAACGAAGAGACUCCAUGACCGUCUAAUGGCGCGUAAGAAUAUCUACGUUAUCGCAGCGACAUUUCAGGAUAAGUACAUCAUCCGGUUUGUGGUGUGCAGCCGUGUAACAGAGUCCCGAGACAUUGCGUUCGCCUGGGAAGAGAUACGAAGCCAGGCCAAUGAAGUUAUCGGCGACAAUGUCGACACCGAAAUAGAUAACCUUCCUCAUAAGAAACAAAAUGGCGUUUGUGAAGACGAACGUGGAAUUAGCGACGGAAACGGGGCGUCUGAUGACAUAUCCGAAAUACUCCCUGCAAGUAAGAAGCGUAGAUACAACCACGAAGACAGGCCCAUAAACAAAGAAAUGGCAAAAGAAACUUUGUUACCUGACGGUAUUAACGGGGUAACACUGAUUCAAGCAGAGGCGGUUGUUCUUGGUAACGCGUGUAUUGAAGAAAUGUCCAAGGAAAUGAUCGCCCUGACUAAUGAUGCUGUCCAGGCUGUCAACAUCGGUGACGGCAAUGACAGUGAUAGUUCCAGAUGAUGAACAACACAGGGCCGAUUUUUCACCAAAACAAGAUACAAAAUCUAGGGCUAUAAUGUCAAUUUUGGUUUGCUACAAUAAAUUACUGUAGACGUAUUAUUCUACAGAUUAACAUACUUAUAUCACACAAAGAAACACACAGUAGCUUAUAAAUAUCUGAUCUACUUACGGACUGAUUUAUUAGUCGGUUCAUUUAUCCUUUGAAUAGGUCUAAUUAGAAUUAAGAAAUGCCCAAUAAGGACUCUGAGUUGGGAGAAAACUGAUUCUGGGUUGCCUUAAUUGAGUUUUUGUGCCUGUCUUUGGUAAAAAAAAUUGUCUUCUGCGAAUAUAAUGUCUGAGGGAACUAGGUAUUUCAAAAACAGAUUUAUAUUACAAAUAAUAAAACUGAGCUAUAUGAACAAGACAAUUAUAAUUAUUUAAAGUGGAGCUUCAUAAAUUGUACACUUCAUUAUUUCCAGAAUGUUCAUUUAACGUGAUGGAUUCGUAUAGCACAGGUUCAAAAUGGUAAGUGCGAAACGUCUCGACAGGAUACCACCUUGGAGGCAGAGGAAGAGAAGGGACAAUGAUAUAGUUAUAUUCCAUUAUCCAUCAGGUAUAAUCUCAGUUUUACAAGACGAUAUUUUUUAAAAAUCUUCCGAAAAAAUAUAGAGCAACUUCUUUCGGUAUUACUGUAACCACAUGGGGUAGCACCAAAUACACAUGUAGGCUCAUAUCUGAUUUUUUGGUCUAUAUAAUUUCCCAAAAUAUUAUAUUUUUAUUUCUGUGUAGAUUUAUAAUUAAUUAUUAGUAUUUUAAUGUUUGUAGGAUAACUACUGAGUACUACUCUGACACUAUUGAUGAUUAACCACAUAGACUAAAUUAUUUAAAAGAGUGCUGUUAAAUAUCUGUACUACGAGAAAUAAACAUAUAAAAAGGAA